AAGUUUAAAAUGGAGGGAAUAGGUGUCCAGUAUUUGAAAAAUUUCCACAUUAACCUACUUUUUAUGACAGCUCAAUUCUGAAGACUUGAGGCUUAAAAUGAGGCUUCACAUGAAUCAUUACCAAAAUGCUGUGUUUAAAUCAGACAGUGUCCUUGGUAUGGAUCAACAACAUACUACUGUAUAUCUUCACUGAUAUUUUCAGGGUCUAUCCAUGGACAGUGACAUACAUGUACAUACAUUUACGUACAUGACAUGAAUGUACAUUGCGAUAGCUCAGGUUCAUGGUUAGCAGUAGACAUGAAUAUUCAUGGAAUCUGUUCACACCCCAACCCUCUGGCCCUCAAUCUCUCUCUCUAUCUUUGCUCUCCACCUUUUCUCUCUCUCCCUCUCUCUCAUUCGGAGAGAAUACUCUUCUGUGGUCAGGAAGUAAAUGCGCCUCUAAUGUUUCAGCAAAAGUCAUUGCAAGGCACGUCACGCCAAAAGAUAGUGCAGUAGACAGGGUUUAUAAAAUAAAUUAACAGUGUUUCGUAUACAGAAGUGAAUGGGCAGCACCGGAAGCUGUAACCAACCACAGGAGUCUACCAUGACAGCAUCAUUGUGACCUAAUUCCGAGAUGGAUAACCUGCCCUGCACAGAGUAAUGAGACUGAACUAAGCUGAGCCGUAUCUGCUUAGGACUGAGUGAAGAGAGAGGUUAUGGAGGAGGCUAUGGUGUGCUCUCCUCUCCCAGACCUCAAGGAGCCAGACAGCCAGACAUGGACCUCCAUGGAGCUCCUAUCACCGAGCAGACCCGUGGAGGAGGCUAUUCGGUGGAGAGAGAUGGAGAAGCAGGUGAACGAGGCCGACAAGGAGAAAGAGGACAACUCUCCUCAAACUGGAAGGAUCUCUGAGGAGCCAGAGGAGCACUGGGACUCCAUGACUUUACCUGUGUACCCCAUGACCUGUCCCAGUGUCCUUCUCUCAUUUGCCACAGUGCAGUGGGACAUGCCUGACCUUUCCCCUGACACACCCUUCCCCAUGACUGACAAUAGCUUGGCCGAUGAGCUGGAUUCCAGUGGAGCAGCCAGUCUGGACUGGACUGUGAACCCGCUGUCCCUUCACCACCACCACCAACAGCAGCAGCAUCAAUCCUGUGUGACAGUGAUAAACAUAGAGCUGUCUGUCCAGGAGAAGACAGAGAAGCACAAUAGACCGGAACAGCAGUUGCCUCUGGACAGUGAAAACUCCCAUCCGCUGCUGUUGCAAUUCCAGGCAUGUGACACACCGAGCCCAGAUGUGGAGGCUUCAGCACAACAGCUAUUUGAGGAACAUGACUCUCUUUCAGAAAUCUCUCUGUGGCAAGAGACAGAGAAAGAGAUGGGACAGCCUGUGACAGAAGAUACUAUCCCACCCUCUGUCAGAGCUCCUAGCCCUGUACAGACAGGAGAGUCGGAGACUGGGCAGGAUAGUGAGAGUCUAGACUCUGUACUGGGAGAGGAACAGGAACAGACUAGCCGAGUGCUAACAAUACCAAUCAAUUCAGAGCAAGGAUCAGGUUCUGCAAACUAUGAGGAGAAGGAACAGGCUGUAUCUAAUUUAGUUUAUAAUGGAGAUUGUGACGAGCAGACAGAACAGACCAAGCAGUCAGAGGGGAGGGAACAGUCAGAUAGGGAGGGGGAAUCCGAGACUAUAGAACUCGUAGAGCACCUGUUUGAGCCAGCUGAACUGAAAGAACAGUCAGAACUCACAGAGAAGUCUGAACACAGUUGGCAGUCAGAGCCUAACCACACAAAACAGAGUGAAUACAAAGACAACACCGAGACAACAGAGCAGCCAGAAGAGUCUGAGCAACUUGUAGAGUCCGACCAGGUAGAGCAUUCAAAUCAGUUAGGGGAGGAAGAACAGCAAACUGAAGAGACCCGUUUACAACAGGCAGAACAAUCAGACAAGAUAGACCAGUCAGAGUCAGAGCAGACAGAAUGUUUAGAAUCAAAACAAUUGCAACAGACACAACAUUCUCAACAAACAGUGCACUCAGAGCAGACAGAAUUUUCAGUGCAGACGGAACCACAGACAGAACCAUCACAGGAGAUGGAACACUCAGAAGAUUCUGAGCAGUCAAAACAAUCAGGGGAGACAGAACAGACGGAACAGUCAAGGGAUUCUGACCAGUCAAAACAAUCAGGGGAGACGGAACAGUCAGAGCAGACGGAACAGUCAGAGCAGACGGAACAGUCAGAUCAGACAGAUAACAAACCAGUACAUUCAAAGCAGUUAGAUCUAUGUUUCCAUUGCACAGAGGAACUUGAACAGUCAGACCGUACAGAAGAACAGAAACAGUCAGAGAUUGAACAGCCAGCGCAGACUGAACUGACUGAGUUGAUAGAAGAGGAUGCGCAGACAGAGCAUUCCAAGCAGGUAGAAGAAUUGGAACCAAAAGAGUAUAAAGAGGAUUCAUGUUUGCCGCCCAGGGAAGGAUGUUUAGAGCAACUGGAGUCUCAGGUACAGCAAACAGAGGCCUCAGAACCAGUGGUGGUCCAUAUGAAUGGUGGAGUUUUGGACAGGGAGAAGGCCUGCAGGCUGGCUGAAAGACUCUACAGGCUGGAUGGGAUCCACAAGACAGAUGUGGUCAAACACCUAGACAAAGACAAUGGCUUUAGUCAAGCUGUUGGGCAGGAGUACCUCAAGUUCUUUGACUUCACCGGUCAGAGUCUAGACCAAGGCCUGAGGUCUUUCCUGAGGGUGGUGGUGCUGAUCGGUGAGACCCAGGAGAGAGAGCGAGUACUGCAGCAUUUCUCCUGUCGCUUCCAGCAGUGCAACCCUCACACCUUCUCCUCUUCAGGAGAAGUACUCACACUCACCUGUGCUGUGAUGCUACUGAACUCUGAUCUGCAUGGACAGAAUGUGGGUAAAGCCAUGUCUGUGUCCAGCUUCGUGUCCAACCUGGAUGGGAUGAAUGAGGGUGAGAACUUCAGCAAGGAGCUGUUAAAGGCUCUCUACAACACCAUUAAGAAUGAGCUUCUGGAAUGGGCAGUUGAUGAGAAGGAACUGAAGAGCUCCAUGCUGUUGGUGGAGGAUGCUAAAGAGGACGCACCCUUGCGCUCCAAGAGCAACCCGUUCCAAGAUGUGCCUCAUGACAAGAAGGCCACAGUGUUCAAACAGGGCUUUCUCAAACGCAAGGCCCACGCUGACAUCGAUGGCAAACGCACUCCUUGGGGGAAGAGAAGCUGGAAGACCUUCUAUGGAGUGCUGAAGGGAAUGGUCCUCUACUUACAGAAGGAUGAGUAUAAGAUGGAGUGGCAGAGUACAGAGGAGGUGGUCAGUGUGCACCAUGCCCUGGCAGAGCAGGCAGCAGACUACACUAAGAGACCACAUGUCUUCCGUCUGCAGACUGCCGACUGGAGGAUCUUCCUCUUCCAGGCCUCCUCCACAGCAGAGAUGAGUUCAUGGAUCAGCCGUAUCAACCUGGUGUCAGCCCUGCACUCUUCUCCUCCCUUCCCUGCUGCCGUGGGCUCUCAGAGGAGGUUCUGCAGACCUAUCCUGCCUGCCUCCCAGUCUGCUCACACACUGGAGAGACAGCUGCAGUCCCAUGCUCGCAUGCUGCUGUCCUUCCAGGAGGACCUGGCCUACCUGCAGCAGAGUCUCCCUGAGAGCCGCAGGGCCAAGGAGCUGGAGGAACACCGUGUCAGAGAGGAGUACCUGCAGCAUGAGAAAUGUCGCUACGAGGCCUACACCCAGAUGCUGGAGGUCUGGAAGGGUUUGAAUCAGUCAGUCGACACUGAGGUGGGAACCAGCGAGCUCAGCCUGUUUGACAGAGCUGUGUGUAAGGACACAGUGGAUGAAGAGGGAGACGAGGGAACCCUGAAGAAGUCCCACUCCAGCCCCUCCCUGGAUGUGGAGAUGGCCUUGCCCCACGUGGUCAAAGUCAAACGCAACAUCUCGGAAAGACGGACCUAUCGCAAGAUCGUCAUACCUCGACGCAACCGGGACAUAUGAGAAAAGGUGCCCAAAAGGGAUUAAAAUAUGACUCUUACAUGAGUUUUUAAAUGGCUCCUUUUCGGACAUAGACACAAUGUGUUACUUCUAAGCACUGUCCUUUUCGUUUUCAUUUUCAGCAAGAAGGCAAAAGUCAUCAAAACAGAAUUAAUCAAUCUCAGGGAUCUUGCUUGUGUCCUUUUCUUUGUUACAUUUGCUUUACAUAAAAGUAUUUAAUUAAUAUUUGUGCACUUUCAAUUGAACAAAAUGAAUUAAACCUCAGAAGUCAAUGCUCCCUGCUGAGACAGGUCAAGAAGAGUGAUAA